GUAGUGCGUGUUAUUUCUACAAUGACGUUGCUCAGUGUCUAAUAGCCUGUUCUGUUGGGCGCUCCUCGCUUUCUUUCAGAGAGCCGCUUUUCUAAACUCAGCCCCGGGAAACCAUGGCCGAGCAGGCCUCGGGACCCACCCGGCCGCCUCAACAAGACGGGGUUCUGCAGCAGCAGCAGGAGCAGGAGCAGGAUCGAACUGACUUCCUGAAGCUCAAACAACAGCUGGAGAUGGAGUUCAACCAGAAGCGGGCCAAAUUUAAGGAACUCUAUCUGUCUAAAGAAGAGGAGCUGAAGAGGCAGGCUGCUAUAGUGGAGAAGGCCCAGGCAGAGCUGACCAGUGUGCAGAAGCAGCUGGAGGAGGCUAAAGCAGAGAUGGAGACCAUCAAAGCGGUGGCCACCGUCUCUGAAGACACAAAGCAAGAAGCCAUCGACCAGGUCAAGCAGCAGUGGCAGGAGGAGGUGGCGUCACUUCAGGCUAUUAUGAAAGAUGCAGAGCGGGAAGUUAAGUUGCAGUUCCAGCAGAAGCUGGAGCAGGAGCGUGCUCAGUGGGCACAGUACCGAGACGGGAUGGAGCGAGAGGUGGCUGAGCUCCGCCGCCGUCUCUCUGAGGGACAGGAGGAGGAGAACUUAGAGAAUGAGAUGAAGAAGGCUCAGGAGGACGCGGAGAAGCUACGCUCUGUGGUGAUGCCAAUGGAGAGCGAGAUUGCAGCGCUGAAGGCCAAACUGUCGAGCUCAGAAGAUCGAGUUAAGGAACUCGAGGCAGCGAAGGUGAAGGAGCUCAAUCACGUUCUGGAGGCUGAGAAAUCAUGCCGUACAGACUUGGAGAUGUAUGUUGCCGUCCUUAACACCCAGAAAUCUGUCCUUCAAGAAGACGCAGAGAAACUUCGGAAAGAACUACAUGAAGUGGUUCACCUGCUGGAGUUGGAGCGGCAACAGCACAAUCAGCUGAAACACACUUGGCAACGUGCCAACGAUCAGUUCCUGGAGUCACAGCGGCUACUGAUGCAAGACAUGCAGCGCAUUGAAAGCGUUCUGUCCUCCGAGCAGCUGCGGCAGGUGGAGGAGAUUAAGAAGAGGGACCAGGAAGAGGAUGAGAAGGAAAGAUUGAGCCAGGCUAAAGAGGCCAGUGAGGAUGAUGGGACAGAGCAUGCAGAAGCAGCGGAGGACUCUCUGCUCGGACUCUCCAUAGAAGAGUCCCACCUCAGCCAGAGCAUCCACAGCUCUUUACACUCUCUGGACGCAGACACCCCGGGCCGCCCAGACGGCUCUGACCCUUAUAAGGAUGGGCUUCGGAGGGUGCAGUCCACUGAUAGCCUGGGUUCUUCAGGAGGGGCCCUACAGCCUCACGGGCUCGGCGGAUACAACAACAAGGCCAAGUCAGCCAGCCAGCUGGACGAGUCAGACUUUGGUCCUCUAGUGGGGGCAGACUGUGGGGGCUUUGACAGCAUGGAAACCUCCUCCAUAUCAUCCCUCCAGCCAGGACACUUUCUCCUCACCAAGGACCAGGAGAAGGCCAUUAAGGCCAUGACCCCAGAGCAGGAGGAAACUGCAUCACUCCUGUCCAGCAUCUCUCAUACUGCUGAUACGGCUUACCUGCCUCCGUCUGGCUACCGACUGGUCAGCGAGAGUGAGUGGAAUCUGCUGCAGCAAGAGUUGAAGAACGCUGGAAGGAAGUUGGGGCGGCGAUGUGAUAUGUGCUCUAAUUAUGAAAAACAGCUGCAGGUCAUUCAGGGACAAGAGGCCGAGACACGAGAUCAGGUUAAAAAGCUUCAGGCCAUGUUGCGGCAGGCCAACGAUCAGCUGGAGCGGACGAUGAAUGAGAGGCAGGAGUUAGAGGACUCUGUCAAACAGGCCAAUGAGGAAACUACUGCCAAGAUCUCCGAGUUGAAGCAGAAAGUUCAGGAGUCUGAAUCUCUCAUAAGCGCUCUCCAACAGGCCUUCAGCCAGGCCAACAGAAACACCCAGGAACAGAUGGCUGUGCUGCUACAGUCCAGAGAGCAGGUGACUGAAGAGCUGAACAGACUGCAGAGAGAUAAUGAGAGUCUUCAGGGUAAACACAGACUUCACAUGACGCUGCAGCAGCAAGAGGACUUUCACAUGCCCACCACUGUACAGGAACUUCAGAAGCUGGUGUUGCAGUACAGGGAGGACAUUGUUUCUGCGCGCACAGCGGCAGAGCAUUUGGAGGAGAAGCUGAAGGCUGAAAUUCUGUUCUUGAAGGAGCAGAUUCAGGCAGAGCAGUGUCUCAAAGAGAACCUGGAGGACACUCUACAGCUGGAGAUAGAGGGCUGUAAAGAAGAGAUCGCAUCUUUUUCCAGCUUGAAAACGGAACUGGAAAGAGUGAAGAGUGAGAAGGAACAGCUGGAGAGCAGCUUGGCAGAGAAGAGCCAGAUGCUGGAAAGCGUCCAAGGCCUGAAGAACAGUCUGGAGGAACAGUUAAAAGAUGCCCUCGGCAGCAAGAACGCUUUGGAGACUCAGGUGUUUGAAGAGAAAGACAAGGCGCAGAGACUUCAGACAGAGCUGGAUGUCAGCGAGCAGGUCCAGAGAGAUUUCGUCAAGCUGUCCCAGACCCUUCAGGUUCAAUUGGAGCGCAUCCGGCAAGCGGGCUCAUUAGAGCGGAUCCGUGUCAUCCUCAACGACACCAACCUUACAGACAUCAGCCAGCUUCCCGAGACAUGAUGUCACUUCCUCCUUAUGACUCCACUGUGCACAUAAACACACACUCCACCUGUAGCCCAGAUCUUCGGCCCGACUCCAUCAAGAUAAACUGAAUUGAGCGAGGAAGACUUGAGUGAACACUACUGAUUCCUACUACUGCUAUCCAGCUCAAGAGCACGAAACGACUCCCGUCUCAGUUUGAGUGAAGGGUUUGUCCCUUAUAAUGCAGCCUCCAAAACCGGAUCCCGGGAAGAGAUCUGCCAAUCUUUCAACGAACGCUGCUUUUGUUCCUCAUUCAGUUCAGGAAAUGAGAAAAUGGGUCCGUGAGGAUCAACUAACAUGCCUGUCCCAUUCCCAAAGUUCCCGUCUCUUCCGCCUUUCCUUCUCUUCCUUCCUCGUCUUUCCAUCUGCUAAGCUAGCAGCGGUGACCUAUGAAGGAUACGGACACUUCUGAAGUGUUUUGUACAUAAUUGUAUACAGAUGAUUUGUGUAUAUUGCGUUAGUUAAGUUAAUACACAAGACUGUGAUUCCCUUUUUGACCCGCCUCCUACGUUUUCACUGUGUUUCUCCUCGUCCACCAAUCAUUUCACUGGGAUGUAAUUUCUAGCUGCGUCAUAUCGCUUUUCAUCAACAUCCAUCUUCUUAGACCCUCCAAGUACUCCACAGUCCGUGUUUGUUUCCACUUCCUGGCAAUUUAACAAAAUUGGUGACCUUUGCUUGAAGUUACUGCUACUUUUGUUAAAACCAACUGAUGUUUCUGCAUAUUUUUCUGUGUAAGUGUGUUUUUUUUGUUUUCAGUAGGAUAUUGCAAACACAUCUGAUGAUUUUUACAAUUAACGUCUGGUCUGGUUUUGAUAUUCGCUUAAUUUUGUGUUGAGUAUACGGCAACAGCACUUGCACUGACCGUUUUAGAAAGUGUUUUAUCCAUCAUUCUGCUGUUUGUAUAUUAAUGAAAGCACACUAUGUUUAUGAUUUGCAGUCAUUGGGAUGUCCUGUGGGACUAAGGGGCAUCUUGUGUACAUCUUGUGUAAAGGGUAUAAUAAUCUGUUUUGGGUGUGGCGUGAACAGAAUAGCGUAUGGGAUUCGCAAAACCAAAGUUGAUCAUGUUGACCUUAAAUUUUCAAAGCGGCAUAGUUUAAAUCAUAUUGAGAAGAUGAAAACAUGGAAAGGGCUAAAGGUUUUAAGUAAUUUUCUGGCUCAUGUUUACUUUAAAACAACGGAUGCCAGGCGAUGUAACUCAACUACAGGAAACAAGCGUGUGUGAUUUAUAUUCAGUUGUCUAAAUGCAAAAAAUCUGUUUAUUUUUUACAAGACCAAGACCAGAAGUGGCACAUGAUUUUUGGCAUGGUCUUUUAAAAAAAAAAAAUGUAUAUUUUAGUUCAGGCUGUAGAGUUCACUUUAAAAAAAAAAAAAGAAAGAAAAAAAAGUUGAUGAAUGAAAUUCUGAAACCCCAACAACAAAAGGAUAGUUAAAGCUCUCUACCUGCAUGUUGAACAUUAAAUCUGCUGAUUUUGUAAUUGUAAGAGAGACAGUUGUCAAUGGAAAUUUGAAUUCAGACAAAAUCCAUGUGUAGCUUUUUACAUCGAUAAAUGCAAUUAAGUUUCCUGAGCAAAACCAACCACUAUCAACUACAUCUGAUGAGUACACAGAACUUAAACAACGCUACUAUAGUAUGACCAGUGCUGCUGCUGUGAUCUGAUGGCGAAGCUCUCCUGUGUGAAUAUGUGCAUCAUAUUAAGACCAUGUGUGUUGUGGAUUUUAUUAUCUGUAAGUUGCACUUCAUAGCGUUCACACGUCCCGUGCCGUCUUCACAUUGCAGACGCACGUAAGCUUCAUGUAAUUGCUGCUUCAUGUUUCACUAGAGCAACAGAAGCGAUUCACUUCAGUGUAGUCUUGACGUCAGAAUAUUUUAGGAACUACGUUUUUUCAUUAGCAGACACAGUUUGAACUCUAAUAACUGAUGUGGGGCAAGGAGACUACCAUUUUUAAUGAAAAUUAUGUUUUAAAAAGACUUUUCUCCUGUCGGUAUAAUUUAUAAUUCAUGACAGUCAUUUCUACUGGGUUUGUGAAGAGUGAUAGAUCAGAUACUUUCACAAUAACAACAGUUAUAUUUCUGUUCUUUGCAUGCUGUGUUGCAAAUGCAGAAGCCCUUGCGGAUUUAUAUACUGUACUGUGUACAUAUCCCUGUAUAUAUCUAUAUAAUAAAACAAAUUGAAACACAA